AUGGCCAACAACCUGUCAGCUCCCCCUGCGCUCUCGACACCAGCGGAACACCUCUUUGAACGAAUCAAGCCCAACGUCGCUCCGGCCGACAACGAAGCCCAGGCCCGUACAAGAUCCGAAGAUGAGCUGCGGGACACAUACGAGAUCGCCCGGACGGCGAAGGAGAUCCGGGGUGGCAGGCGGAGGAGAAUCGCGCUGCAGUUCCCGGACUCUAUGUUAAGACAUGCGCCGUGGGUGGUCGAGGCUCUGAAAGCCGAGUUGGACACCCUGGGCUACGACGAGACCCCCGGAAACACGACCGAGGCACCUCGAGGGGCCGCCGACCCAAAUCAAGAGCGUAUAUACAUCCUAGCCGACACAUCCUACAGCGCGUGCUGCGUCGACGAGAUUGCCGCCGAGCACGUCGACGCCGACGUGGUGGUCCACUACGGCCGCGCGUGCCUCUCGCCCACCUCGCGACUCCCCGUCGUCCACGUCUUCACCAAGCACAGGCUAGACGAGCAGGCAGUCCUCGAGGCGUUCGAGCAGACCUUCGACGACAAGCAGAGCAAAGUGGUGCUGAUGGCCGACGUCACUUACCAUGACCACGUCCCCGGCUUAGCCGCGCGCAUCAGAGCAGACCGCGGAUACGCCAACCUGCUAUCCACCGGAAUUUGCCACAACCCCCUGGGGAGGAUACCGAACCGGCUGAUCCUCGAUCCGGAGGGGGCCGACAUCUCCGCCGACGUCGACCUGAAGGACUACGCCGUCUUCCACAUCUCCUCCCCGCCAACCGCCCUCCUCCUCGCCCUGUCCUCGCGGGUCAAGUCGCUGCACAUCCUACCGACACCGACAACAUCACCAUCGCCAUCCGACCCCCGCCCCACCGCCCCAGCCCCGUCCGCCACACAGACAGCAGCCCAGCUCCUAGGCCGGCGGUACGCGCGCGUGCUCACGCUCGCGACGGCCGGGGUGGUGGGGAUCCUGGUCAACACGCUGUCCGUGUCCGACUACCUGCCCGCGGUGGACGGGGUGCGGCGGCUCGUGGCGGCGGCGGGCAAGAAGAGCUACACUGUGGUGGUGGGGCGCCUGAACCCGGCCAAGCUGGCCAACUUUGCCGAGGUCGACGGCUGGGUCGUCGUCGGCUGCUGGGAGGGCUCGCUUGUCGAGGACGACGGGGACUACUUCCGCCCCGUCGUCACGCCGUUUGAGCUCGGGGCCGCGCUCGUCGGCGACGGGAAGAGGGUGUGGGAUGGCGCGUGGUGGGGCGGGAUCGAGGGGCCCCGGGGGGUGCUUGGGGGGGAGGAGACUGGGGAGGAGGAGGAGGUGGCGCGGGAGGCUGACGGGGCUGGUGAGGAGGUCGUCGAGGAGGAUGGUCGGGAUUGGGAAGGGGGUGUGGACGAGGAGGAGUCGGAACCGCCCGAGUUUGACCUGCGCACCGGGAAGCUGGUCAGCCGCAGCCGGCCGAUGAGGAUGAUCUCGCACAAUCAGGGCAGGGGUGCAGGGGUAGGGGAGGCGGAGGCGGAGGCGGGGACGCGGUCAUCGGAUGCCCUCGCGCUCAGGCCAAAGUCCGACUUGGCGACCGUGAAGGGCGUCGUCAGCCCCGGCGCCGAGUUCCUCAGAUCCCAGCGGACCUGGCAGGGUCUGGGGACCGACUUCGACAGCUCAGAAACCAGUACCGCGAUUGAGGAAGGCAGGAGCGGCGUCGCGAGAGGUUAUACUGUUGGUGAGAAUCACGAGCGGACGUAG